GGUGCAGUCACAGCUCUCAUUGCCUCUUCAUCGGUGUCACUUCCAAAUUUUUUUGUGGGUGUGGUGUUGUUUCUUACUGGAAUUAACUCCUUCCGUUUCGAUUUGUCCAAGAACAGAUUCAGCGAGCUGCCAGUGGAAGUCACCGAGUAUUAUUCCUUAGAAAAGCUCAUUCUUUACCAUAACGCCAUCAAAUCUAUUCCGGAUUCGGUUGUAUAUCUACAGUCGCUGUUGUACAUUGACUUGAGCCGCAACCAGUUGAGCGUGCUACCGAGCUCACUGUGCCAGCUGCCGCUGGAAGUGCUGCUGGUGGCAAAUAACAAGCUGGUGUCUCUGCCCGAGGAGCUGGGUCGCAUGAAGACACUGGCUGCGCUUGAUGUCAGCUGCAAUGAAAUUUCGCACCUGCCCCAACAGAUUGGGGAGCUGCCCGCACUGCGUUCCCUCAACCUGCGCCGCAACAAGCUAGUCGACCUGCCACUCAGUUUGACAAAUCUCAAUCUGGAACGAUUAAAUUUAAGCGAAAACAGAAUCUCAACAUUACCAGCAGAGCUUCGCUUCAUGACAACAUUAGUUGAAUUGAUUCUUACCCAUAACCCUUUGAUUUCACCACCUGCAUAUUUGUGUACGAGGGGCCGUGUACAUGUAUUUAAGUACCUAGAGAAUCAAGCGUACAAAGGUGAUAAGAGAAAGGGCCUGCUGACUGACGAUAUCAGGAAGUUGCAGCAAAAAGUUGGCCACUUGUCAGAUUCUCGCCUCUCAAAUGGAUUUUCUGAUUUAAGGCAACGCCGUUAUAAUGUAGAUAGUGGCUACAGCACAAGUGAUGGAGGAUCUGAUAAACGAUGGUCCCAGGAAAUAAUUGUUGAGGAGGAGUGUGAUAAAAGUAAAGGCCUGUGGUCUCGCGCAGAUAGUCUUCCAAUACCUGUAAAACGCCGUGAUACCAAUGGUAGCUGUAGUGGUACAUCCACGCCUUCUACCAUCAGCCCAGGUGAUAACAUCAAUCUUGAGGAGGAAUUCAGCAAGAAUGUUUCUGUCUGUGAUGAAUUAGAAAGGAGAAAGACAGACAAAGUUCAGAGUGAUAAAGAAGAGGGCAAAAAUCUUGCUAAAGAUGAUGUAAAACCAAUGACUGGGAGUGGCACUAACAAAACGGUGACAAAUGGUCCUGCCCAGUCGCCAUCCACAGAUGUCAUUGUCAACGGUAGUGGUGCAGUUGAAGACAAGCGGCCAUUGGAUCACAUACAGACAUACAGGGAAUACAAGGAAGCCCUCAGGCAACAGCGAGCUCUGGAUGGGCUGACUGUGUAUCGACCACGUGUUCCUGGAGAAGGUGGGCUGCAGCCAUUAAACAACAUGAAUCAGGAGGAAGAUCAUACAAAGAAUGAAGGGAACUUGCCAAAUAAUAAAACAGAAAGCCUGAAGAACCAAGACAGCUCCGUUAAUAAGCGGCCAGUUCAGAAGGUUCCACCAUCCAGGAAUGGAGCAACAGUGACAUUUCAGGAUAAUCGUGUUGGGCAGGGAGGAACUGUGUUAAAUGGUACCUGGAGUGAUUAUGGAGGAAAAAGUGUUGUGCAAGAUACACAGGACACUUAUUACAUAAAACCAAACUCUCCCAUCAAGACUUCAACCAGUAUCACCCAAGUUCCUUCUUCAGCAUCACCAGGCAGUCCUAGGUUGGUUACUACAUCUUUAGGGUAUGUUGGCAACAUAGUUCCUGUUUCUACGAACCAUCAUAACAGAUCAGCACCAACAGGAAAUGGCAGUGGAAGCCCCAGGUCACCAAAAAUAGGUACAAGUCGGACAGUCCCGUGGAACAGGGAUGUGGCACCAGAGAAACUCAGUUUUACUAUGAGGCGGGAAUUUGACAAGGCUCGUGAAGAGGCAGAACUCAUUGACCAGCUGAGGAGUCAUAUCGAGACGAGACUUAAAAUGUCACUUCCAGAAGACAUGGCUUCUGCACUGUCAGAUGGUGUGGUGCUGUGUCAUUUAGCAAACCAUGUCAGGCCCCGAUCUGUUGCCAGUAUUCAUGUGCCUUCUCCUGCUGUGCCGAAGCUGACAAUGGCAAGAUGUAGGAGAAAUGUGGAUAAUUUCUUGGAAGCUUGUCGCCGAAUUGGUGUUGAUGAGCCACUUAUUUGCUGUGCAUCAGAUGUGCUUGAGGGCAGAGGUUUGGUGCAAGUUGCUAUUACAGUAUCAGAACUCCUCAGGUUUCAUCAGCCUCGGUCACCAGCACACACAGCACCUUGAAUUGUUGGGAGCACAGGUUAGGUGAAGAAAGAGUGUUUUACAUACUUCUUCCGAGGAUUUAUGCUGUGGCAGUACAGGGACCUAUCAAGUGAAUGUGAGAUACCAAGUCACAUCUACUACUUAUUACAAAGACAAUGUGCCAAAGAAUUUUUUGUCAUGGUACUAGCUGUACAGGAUGUGUUAUUUAUAUGUUGUAAUUGUGUGAUUUUAUAAAAUAAUAUAUUGCCAUAGAUAA